GCGUGCGGCAGCGGCGACAGCUGAGAAGGAGGCGGAGAAGAAGAAGAAGACUGCUGCUCGCGGUGUUUACUGUUAAAGUGUCGUCUUUCUGCUUCAGUACACGCACUGGCAUUGCAGCUGGGAGAGCAAACAGACUGUUUACUGCUCAUUUUGAUCGGCUGUAACGAGGUUUUCUCUGCCUAACCUCGACACUAACCUCGACACUAACCUCGACACUGACCGGAUCGCACCUGCCACUGAACAUGGAUAACAAAGACUGAUUAGCACUGCGCUGUGCGGCAGCAAACCGAGCCAAUCUACCUCCGAAACCUCAAAGAAAUUCAUUUAUUUAAGCGCCUGUGCUUGCACACGUGAGGCUUGUAUUGCAAAAGGUUUGUGUGCAGGACAUUUUGGAGUUGGACUUCCAUAUUGCAGGCCGAUCCGACCCUGGAGUCUUUAAUUAUAGCAACACUUGCAUGCGCGUCUUAUUGCCGCUCGGACAUCCAACAGUAGACAUACAUUUUAAGGGUCGAGGAGGGGAAUAUCAGGCCUACAUCGGUGUUUUAAUAAUUUAACAAUCCCUGCUGGACAGAAUCACACACCGUCAGCAGCCCUCUGUGUUCAAUGCUCCCUUAAAAAAACACUAGACAAUUAUGUGGGUCAGUCCCGAAGAUGUGUUACUGGCGGGCGCGUUAUGGAUCACCGAGAGAGCAAAUCCAUAUUUCAUCCUCCAGAAACGGAAGGGCCACGGGAAUGGAGGCGGAGGACUGGCGGGUUUGCUGGUCGGGACCCUGGAUGUCGUCUUGGACUCCAGUGCUCGGAUGGCCCCAUAUAGGAUCCUGUACCAGACUCCUGACUCUUUAGUUUACUGGAUCAUUGCUCAUGGAACCUCCCGUAAAGAGAUCACAGAGCACUGGGAGUGGCUGGAACAUAACCUGCUGCAGACGCUCUCCAUCUUUGAGAAUGAGAACGACAUCACGACCUUUGUCAAAGGGAAAGUCCAGGGCAUCAUUGCAGAGUACAACAAGAACCACGACGUCAAAGAGGACGACGACACGGACAAGUUCAAGGAGGCCAGCGCCAAGUUUCGGAAGCUGUUUGGGAUGCCGGAGGAAGAGAAGCUGGUCAACUAUUACUCCUGCAGCUACUGGAAGGGCAAGGUGCCACGACAGGGAUGGCUCUACCUCAGCAUCAACCACCUCUGCUUCUACUCCUACUUACUAGGAAAAGAAGCCAAACUGGUGGUGCGUUGGGCUGAUAUCACCCAGCUGGAGAAAAGCGCCACCCUCCUGCUGCCCGACGCGAUCAAGGUGAGCACCCGCAUCAACGAGCACGUCUUCUCCGUCUUCCUCAACAUCAACGAGACCUUUAAGCUGGCGGAGCAGCUGGCCAACAUCGCCAUGCGUCAGCUCCUGGACAACAAAGGCUUCGAGCAGGACCGCUCGCUGCCCAAGCUCAAGAAGAAAUCCCCCAAGAAGGUGCCGGCACUCAAGAGGGAUUUGGAUGCGAGAGCUAAGAGUGAGCGUUACCGGGCGCUCUUUCGUCUGCCCAAAGACGAGAAACUGGACGGACACACGGACUGCACCCUCUGGACCCCCUUUAACAAGAUGCACAUCCUGGGACAGAUGUUUGUUUCCACCAACUACAUCUGCUUCACCAGCAAAGAGGAGACGCUGUGCAGCCUCAUCAUUCCUCUACGAGAGGUGACCAUCGUGGAGAAGGCAGACAGCUCCAACGUGCUGCCCAGCCCGCUCUCCAUCAGUACCAAGAAUCGAAUGACAUUCCUGUUUGCUAAUCUGAAGGACCGAGACUUCCUGGUCCAGAGGAUUUCUGACUUCCUGCAGCAGACGACCCCCAAGAUCUGCCUGGAGAGGAAGAUCACCGGCAGCUUAAACAGCUCGGACGACGAGGUUUACUCUCAGCAUGGAUCCCUGCUCUCCAGCAGCCUGAGCUCAGAAGGCGAGCGUACGUUCAACCUGAACGACAGCAGCGUGCCCACAGCCACACAAGCCCUCAUGACCAUGUACCGCCGCCGAUCACCUGAGGAGUUCAAUCCCAAACUGGCGAAGGAGUUCCUGAAGGAGCAGGCGUGGAAGAACCACUUUACAGAGUUUGGAGAGGGAGUGUGCAUGUACCGCACAGAGAAGACGAAGGAGCUGGUCAUCAAGGGGAUUCCUGAGAGCAUGAGAGGAGAGCUCUGGCUGCUCUUCUCUGGGACGAUCAACGAGAUGGCCACCCACCCCGGAUACUACGAAGACCUGGUGGAGAAGUCGAUGGGCAAAUACAACCUGGCAACAGAGGAGAUAGAGAGGGACCUGCACCGCUCUCUCCCUGAGCACCCGGCCUUUCAGAAUGAGAUGGGCAUCGCUGCCCUCCGCAGGGUCCUCACAGCCUACGCGUUCAGAAACCCCAACAUUGGAUACUGUCAGGCUAUGAAUAUUGUGACAUCCGUGUUGCUGCUCUACGCCAAAGAAGAGGAGGCCUUUUGGCUGCUUGUGGCGCUCUGUGAGAGGAUGCUGCCGGACUACUACAACACUAGGGUUGUCGGAGCCCUAGUCGAUCAGGGGGUGUUCGAGGAGCUCGCUCGCGAGUACGUUCCUCAGCUGUACGACUGCAUGCAGGACCUCGGGGUCAUCUCCACGAUCUCGCUCUCCUGGUUCCUCACCCUCUUCCUGUCGGUCAUGCCGUUCGAGAGCGCGGUGGUGGUCGUGGACUGCUUCUUCUACGACGGCAUCAAGGUCAUCUUUCAGCUGGCCCUCUCCGUGCUGCACGCCAACAUCCACCAGCUGCUGGACUGCAAGGAUGAUGGGGAGGCUAUGACCGUACUGGGCAGAUACUUGGACAGCGUGACCAAUAAGGACAGCACCCUGCCUCCCAUCCCCCACCUGCACUCCUUACUGACAGACAAUGGAGAACCGCAUCCAGAUGUGGACAUCUUCAAACUGGUCCGCAGCUCCUACGAGAAAUUUGGCUCAAUCCGUGCAGAUGUGAUUGAACAGAUGCGUUUCAAACAGAGACUGAGGGUCAUCCAAACCAUUGAAGAUACAACUAAACGCAACGUGGUCAGGACUAUUAUAACAGAGACGGCCUUCAGCAUUGACGAGCUGGAGGAACUCUACGUGCUCUUCAAGUCGGAGCACCUGACCAGCUGUUACUGGGGCGGCAGCAGCAACUCCACAGAGCGCCACGACCCCAGCCUGCCGUACCUGGAGCAGUACCGCAUCGACGUGGAGCAGUUCAAAGGCCUGUUCAACCUGCUGUUCCCCUGGGCCAACGGAGCCCACUCAGACCCCCUGGCUCUGCGCUUCUUCUGUCUCCUUGAUCAAAACGGAGACGCCCUCAUCAAUUUCCGGGAGUUCAUCAGUGGCCUGGGUGUCCUGUGUCACGGGGACCUCACUGAGAAGCUGAAGCUCCUCUACAAGAUGCACGUGAUACCUGAAAUCCCUCGUGAACCAGAAGAGCCUGACUCUGCCUUUGAGGCCACUCAGUACUUCUUUGAAGACAUCACACCAGAAACGUCCAUCGGUCAGGACUCGAAGGGCAGAAGUGAGAAGGACGAUGGCUUCGUCAGAGUUACGUUUAAGACUGAAAAAGUGAAGAAACUGAACACUCCUGAAUAUCGCCAUUACCUGAAACUGUGGAACCAGGAGACGAAAUCUAAACUAGAGAACACGAAAGACCUCCCCAAGCUGAAUCAGAGUCAGUUUAUCGAGCUUUGCAAGACUCUCUACAGCAUGUUCAGUGAGGAUAUCGCAGAACAGGAGCUCUAUCACGCCACGGCGACCGUCACCAGUCUGCUGCUGGAAAUGGGAGAAGUGGGAAAGCUCUUCUCCUCCUCCUCCUCCGACAGGAAGGUCCACAACAUGGAGGGUAAAUCAGAGCCGAGCAUGUGUACCAGAAGCUCCACAAACCUCAAAACCAGCCAGGAGGCCGCGGCCGACGACGAGUUCCAGCAGCGGGGCCAGGGUGAUGGCUAUGCCUGUGACAGUGAGGAGAACAAGCCAAGCCCCUGUGAGGAGGGGAAGGGGGACGAAGGGAGCGAUCUGCUGCUGCCACCUAUGCAAGACAUCAAGCUGGAGGACUCGUCCCCCAAAGACACAGGCACGCCGUCCGCCAUGCUCAUCUCGGAUGAUGAAACCAAAGACGACACUUCAAUGUCGUCUUACUCGGUUCUGAGCGCGGGCUCCCACGAGCUGGAUGAGAAGCUGCAGUGCGAGGACAUUGCAGACGACACGGUGCUGGUGCGCAGCGACCACGGCUCCAGCGACGAGAGAAGUAACGCACCUCAUGGCGGCGGCCCCUACGACAGAGGGCUGCCUCACAGCACGAGCAUCGAUAAAGACUGGGCCAUCACCUUCGAGCAGUUCCUGGCCUCUGCGCUCACCGAGCAGGCCCUGGUGCAUUAUUUCGAGAUGCCAGUGGAGGUGGCGGCUCGUAUAACUAACGCCAAAAACGUGCGUAUAGUCGGGCGCUCCAUGCUGUCAUCAAGUGACUAUGAUAUCUCGUUAUCUGGCUGAGAUUUCACGCACAGACUUUUUAAAAAGGGAAACACGGUUAUCAGUCAUUGUGUAAAAAAAAAAAAAAAAUGUCUGACUUUUAGAGGACAAUGAAGUCAGUGUAUGAUCGUUGAAUGAAUGUGACCAAAAAAUGGUUCUUAGCGAUGUAUUUUACCAAAUGUGAAAAACUUUUAUUAUAUCAAUCACUAGAUUCUGUCCGGCUGAGAGCGAGCGGGACAUUAAUAAUAAGGUUCGCUCAGAUGAAAUCAGUGUGUACAUGUAGUAGCUGUACUUUAUACAACAUUAUGCAUAGGUGUUAAUAUUGUAACCUCUCGUACUCUUAGGCUGUGUAGAUGUACAUGUCCACAGAUACAGCACAGUUCUAAGCUGGGAUGUUGAUAGUCUACGUACGAUCACAUGACACAUCUGGUCUAAACUUCCUUUCGUCACGAUUCCAUCUGCUGUUAAGCACGGAUCGUGUUAAGUUUCUCUUCGAGUGACAAUAUGGACAAAUGCAAAACAAAGCUGUGAAAAUUCAAUGAUUUAAGUGAAUUUUCAUGUAUUCUUGCAUAAUGUGUCACUUUAGCUGUUGAUUGAAACUAUUCUGUUUCACACACACACACACACACACACACACGAUAUAUGACUUCCUGAACAUUCACGUUCCAAAAAUAAUAAUCCUAAUGAUUGCUCCGGUGUGUUUUCUCCGGUUAUUUAUUGGUAAUUUAUUUAGUUUUUACUCUAAACUUAAAGAAAACCACUCACCAGAUGUUUAAGGAAAGCUGUGUCCUCAGACACUACAACAUGCUGUUGAAUGAAAACCCUGCACUGUCUUUGUUUACAACUUAAUGUGAUCCACUAAUAUAUUAUGGCCUUUUUUUAAAAUAACAUGUUUUAACCUUUUUUGCUCUGUACAUUUUUACGUUGCUGUUUUUUAUGUGAAUAUUUUUUAUUUGAACAGUAGAGGGUUUGUACUCUGGAUUCCAAUGCAUUGUGUAUCACUCCAUCUAAUUAAAGUUAAGGUAUGAUUGAUUUCAAUGCUGCACAGUAAAA